UUCGGUAGUAAUAUGGCUAGACCCCUUGAGCCAACGAAAGUUUUCUUUUCGCACAGAUUCAGUGGAAUUUAAGUACUCCGAACCACAGAUUUAUUAGUAAUAUACUGAAUACUGGGAUCUGCGGGCUGACAAUUGGUGAUAACUAAAUUUGCAAUUUGUGUCAAAAACCAAAAUUCAGAUUUAAAAAAUGCAAAUAUAAUUAAUCUUGUAUGAAAAUUGAAAAUUAAGCAUUGAGUUUUAUUAAAGUGCGAUUUAAUUUUCUUGAUUUUAAGUUGCUUACCAUACAUAAAGAAGUCAUUUAAUCUCUUCCCUUCAAUAAAUACUUUAAUAAUUUAAGAUAAAAUUUAAAACAGUUCUUCUAUGCAACAUUCAAGUUAUUCUUUAAUAUGUAUUGAUAAAUUUAAGUGCUUACAAUGCUAAGCAGAUUUUCUGAUGUGUUGCAAACUGCUGCGGACGUACUAGCUCCGCCAGCAACAAAGUAUGAAGAUUUUGAAUACCAUUGGAAGAUGAUAGUGAACUAUUAUCAAGCUUAUGAUGAAACAUCAAAAGUGCACAUUGAAGAUACCAGAGUUCCACAUCACUUACACCAGAUGUUUCAGCUAAUUGUUGACGAAGAAAAAGAACAGCAAGGCGGAACUGUUGGGCCUUGUUUAGAAGCAGUGGUACAGAGAUCAAUAGGUGUAUUAGAUGCAUUAGCGGUUCUUGCAGUAACUGAUAGGCCUCCAGGGGCAAGGGCCAUGGCUUUGAAUUUAGCGACAACACUAUUAAGAAGAACACAACAGCCAUGUAUUAAUAGUGUUCAUGUUUACCGGCCACUGCAGAGAAUGCUUGUCCAAUGCAAUGAAUGUCCAGCAUCACCAACGGAAAAGGAGGAAGUGGAACUUCUCCUAACCAUCUGUGGCCUUGUAAGAAAAGAAUCAGGUCUAGCUAACAUAUUCACAACACCAUUUAUUGAAGACAGAAUCAACUUAAUGUCAAUACCAGAAGAUAUUCAACAACUUAUACCAGUUAAAAGAAAAGUUAAUAAGCCAAAGAAAAAUCCACUGUUUGAUGUAGAUAUGACGCCGCCAAUAAAAAUGGCGAUUGUGAGAAAAGACAAUUCCAAUAGCUCAGUGGCAGAUGACGCGUCUGAGAAAAGUCAGAAAACAGUGUAUGACGAUAACGAUAAGUUUCUCUUGAUUGACCUGUUACUCUCCUAUUUAAAUAGUGCGGAUAACCAAGUGGUCCUGCGAGCUUGUGAGGGUAUAAUGAUAGUGUCGUCACUUCCGGAGGAUGAUAUAGCCAACUUAAUAACCAGUUGUAGUCCGUGCUGUGAGACAAUUAUUGAUAAAUUAUGCACCAAAUACAGAGCUAUACCAAACGAUGUAGAUCCAAAUGAUGUUGAUCAUCUAAAUAUAACUUGGGCAUAUGUCGCUCAGGAUUUUGGUGACAAAAGUUACAAUAAGUUCCAUGGGUAUAGAGAAUUAACCAGUUUCUUCUCUUGGCUCGACUACUGUGAUACUUUAAUGAAGGAGUGCCACCCAACAAUAGCUGCACACUUAGCACGUACAUUCCGGUCAAACUUCCUGGAAGGUGUAGAAAGCUGGCUAUUACCAGCCAGUAAUAAUUCGUCAUUCGUCCACCAGGCAGCGCUCACUACUGCUCUCCUAGCAAAGUGUCUACGCGUCAUUGACUCUACGGAUCUCAUCAAUGAGUUCUCCAACUGGUUGGUUGGUGACGGAGAGGUGUCAGAAUGGCCAUUACUAUUGGCGCUUAUUAAUAACUGCCUGACAGAAGACUAUGAUCUAACGUUGGAAACGUUAAGAUUCUUUGAGACAAUAAUAGAGCGCGGCACAGAACAUAGCAUGGACCGGAUAGUCGUGUCACGUGUUAUUUCUCGCGGGUAUUAUUCUCCCGUUGUCUCUACCACGGUGGAUACCGAUGAGAGAGACAGACUGAAUGACCUGUCCUUCGGGCGGGAGCGAGAUAGAAAUAGGGAAGCCAUGAAGCAGCUCGAACACGAAGACGCAAUAAACGAGCAGAUAAGUGAUAUUUUGUCACACGAGGGUCUCGAUAACAAGGAACAAGGAGAGAAUAUGGAAAAUAUACAUCGAGUUAUAAAUAGUUUCUUGCUGGUUUUGCCGCGCGCGCUGUUGUCAGACCCGGUGGGGGCGGAUUAUGAACAUUAUAUACAUGAUGCCCAACGACAUUACCAGCUAUGGCUAGAUAUAACAGCAUCAUUUCAUUGGCCAUCUGAACCUAAUUGGAUGGAAAAUACAGCUAGUUCCACACACAGCUAUGACAGUCGGCCUGAAGCAGACUUUCAUUUUAGUGCGUUUGACACAUUGCACACCGAUACCAGAAAACUUCUAUCCAAAGAACUAACAGAUGAAGAUCAAUCCAAAGCAUCAUCCACAGAUAAAGACGUCAAAGACGAUGUCAAAAGUGACACGUCAGAUACUACAGACAAACGAAUACUUUCACAGACUAUUGAAGAUGAAUUUGAUGAGGGGCCGUUUUUCAAAAUGAUAUUCAAACUGUUAUCAAGAAUGCCCGAUCAACCUUAUCAAGUUAAUUUGCAUUUGACGUCGAUUAUUUCUAAAUUAGCUCUAUUACCGCAUCCGAAUUUGCACGAAUUUCUACUAAAUCCAAAUUUGCCAACCUCGAAGAAUACACGUACGUUGUUCAAAACUCUACAGGAUAUCGCGAGAAGACUUACCUUAGAAAUACCUAGGAUGAAGAAUUAUAAAAAGAUAAUUGAGAACACGAGACAGCAACUGAUGAGUGAAGAUCCUAGCUAUGAUAUAAGCGGAGACCAUAAUCAACUUGUUGAAAGCUUAAUAGUUUUGGAGGAGUUCUGCAAGGAGCUCGCUGCGAUCGCGUUUGUCAAAUAUCAACACAUCAUUCAUAUGCACAGAUAAAUAUAAUAUAUUAUAGCUUUGCGUACAAUUUUAUUUAUUUAAUUGCUUUGCAUUAUUUUAAAAAAUGUUAGAAAUUGUUAUUAUUUAUUAAAUAUUUAAAUAGAUAAUAAAGAAUUUAUUCAAAAUACCUAAUUUAUAGUUGUUUUCAACUCAACAUACUUUUAAAUGAAUCGAACUCAAUUCUUACUCAAGGACAGUCUUUUCUAUUUACGUUAUACAGAAUCAAGGCAAUGUAAGCAAGCGCCUGUCUUAUAACCUAGUAAUACAAUUAUUGUAUCGUAUUGUAUAUUGCAAAUUAAAAAAAAAUUGAAGGAUUAUAGAUUAGACAAAACGCGGCUUAAAACUCUACAGAUAAAGGCAAAACUUGUGAAUAUUUUUCAUUUACGACGUAUCGUAUGGCGCGUACUUUUUAUCCUUUAUUGAUAAUGGUUAAAUAUGGUCUCAUGAAACGUGGGUGACAGAAUAUUACCGUGUUAGAUACCAUGACUAAUUAUUUAUAUAAGAACGGUACUAACCACGUCCACGUUUUUAUAUAAGGAUUAUUAGUUUUGUGACUACAACAGUAUUUUCACCGAGGUUUAAAUAGGAAAUUCGUUCUAUAUAUUGAUCCAGUAGAGAUAUGAAUUAUGUGCCUAGAUUUUGAGACAUAAUACAAAAAUCAAAGACGUAAUACUCGGGCCUUGAUUCGAAUAUAAGAUAUAUAUGCAACGCCUUAGAAAAAUAAUUUAGUUUUAUAAUACUUACCGCGCUCUAGUCGAGAUUAUUUUUCGUAUAGCAUUUCUUCAACAGGUGCCUUUAGCAUAGAAUAUCACGAAAUAUCUUAAUAUGGAUCCUGUUUCGAAAAAAAAAUUGCUAUAUUCCCAUCGGUGUGUUCGGAAAUCGACAGGUUUACAUUUAAUAGUCAAAAAUUAUAUUUAAAAACCUGAUUAUUUUGUUCCGUAGGUAUGUCCAAAUAAAAUAAUAUAUGAUCCAAUGUUUGUUUCUAUCGCACAAUUCUUUAUGUU